AUGGCGUCUCCCCUACGAUUGCCUGUGGUUACACCACGCAACCUCUCUCAAUCAUGCCUGGCCGGUUCCACCAAAUGUCGAAGCUUCUCCCAAACAUCCCAGCAAUGGGCAGGCGGGAGAGCAGUAAACUUCCGCCCUCCAAGUGUCGCGCAACCCGCAUUUAAGACCCGAACAAAGGAUUUGAAGUUGACAGAUCUACCCAAUGAUAUUGGAUUGCUGCCGGGUACUUUUGUUCGUCCUUUGUGGAGGGAUAUGCCUUCGAUCUUCCAGGCACCGAAGGAUAGGCUGCACAUGGAAUGGACAUGGAUCAAGUCAUGGCUUAGCAACUAUGGAAGUCUGCUCCAAUACUGCAAGAGGGAAAACAGCCUUCCUCUUCUCCUCAAGGAGCGCCGGCAUUACGCUUCCAAGCUGCAAGAGAAUAUGUACACAGCAUUCGCCGAAGGGAAUGUUGCCGAAAUCAAGCGAAUCUGCUGUGACGGUCUCGGCAGGAAACUCACCUCCGAAAUCGAACGUCGCCCCAAAACCGAACAAGUAACCUGGAAACUUGUGAAAUACUUGCGCAAGCCAAGCACCAACUUCAUCGGUGUCCGCGUCCUCUCAGACCGCGCUACAUCUAUCCCCGAUCUCCCGAAGUCCGGCAUCCGCCAAAUGGUCGUGCGCAUCACAAGCCGACAGUCUACAACCAGGACCCAGAAACAAUCCCGCGGAGAAAACGCCGAGGUCGUUCCCGUCUCCUCGAAGGAGCAGGACUGCAUGGAGUAUAUUGUCAUCCAGCACCUCCGCUGGAACGACCAGGACAAGGGCUGGAGAGUCUGGGGCACCACCAACCCGACUACCCUGCACGCUGCUAAGAAUGACCCCUACUUCAUGCCUGGAUUGUCGGCGAUGGAACGCAUGGAGAUGAUCAAGGAUAACAUGGGCCAGAAAUAA